AUAUAAAUUAUAUUCAUUACAUUUACUUUCGCUCUUCAUAAUAAUUCAUUUCGUCCGAUUCAAAUUCAGAAAUCACUAGGACGAAAUGUUAUGCAGGUGGCGGUGCGGAGAGCUUCGCGAAGGCGCGUGAGGAGAAUAGUAGUGGGGAUCGAAAAACGGGCGAAAAACAGGGGAAGCGAGCCGUGUACGGAAGCAAACGAGAUCCCUGCGCAAGUAUCAACAACCGAUAUCAAACAAUAUUCUUUCUUCUUGCAUGAGCAUUCGGGGCACUCGUUGGCACUCGUACAAAGCAGACGUGUUUUUGCAUAAGCAAAUAAAAACGCAAUAUCAGUAUUCAGUUAGAUUUAUUCACUCGGAAGCUUGGAAACGUAUAUAAGAAAAAUGAUGCACUGCGAUUUGAAAAACUGGUCAAUUUUUGAUUUCUUAAAAUCAGAAUUCAUAUCAAAGAUUCAUAUGACUAUCGUGUUUGACAAUUCAGGCACUAAUGCUUUAAUUGUAACAAAGGAUGGAAUGGUAUAUGGAAUAGGAAGUAAUACCGACGGUUGUCUUGGAAUUGGUAAUACUCAUAGCACUCUCUGUCCUAUGAUAAUUGAUGAAUUGUGUCAAAAGGGCAUAAAAACUUUUGCUUGUGGCAAGUCUUUUGUUUUAGCUCUGACUGAUAAGGGAGAGGUGUAUUCAUGGGGGAAGAAUGGUUGGAGACGUCCACAUGAUGGUACUAGCUCUUUAAUUCCUACUUUGGUAUCGACUUUAAGUGGAACAGUAGUUAUAGAUAUAGCAUGUGGGAGUUCUCAUUUUUUGGCAUUAACAGUUGAUGGGGAUGUAUAUACAUGGGAUAAACAGUCAUCUCAACAGUAUGUGUAUCGUGAUACAUAUGAUAUUCCUUAUACACUUAAGAAAAUGGAUUUGUAUAAUAGAAAAAUUGCUCAUAUUAGUUGUGGAAAUUCAUUCAGCGCAGUAGUUACAGAUGAUGGAGAAGUUUAUCGUUGGAACUCUAACAAUGAGAAUGAUACUUCUCAGUCUACACCAUCCAAAUUCACAUUCCCUUCCGGAAUACUGAUAGUGAAAGUCGUUUGUGGAUUCGCGCAUAUGUUGGCAUUGAGCUAUAAUGGUAAUCUUUACGUUUGGGGUCAGAAUAAUUGUAGACAAUUAGGUAUUACUGGACAUAAAAAUAACGGCGGCCUAAAUAAGCUAAAAGUGCAAGAAAUGGGAAGAGUGUUGGAUAUAGCCGCGUCGUACCAUAGUAACAUAAGUGUAGCAAUGGGUAAAAAUAAUCAGAUAUUUGUAUGGGGCAAGUGUCUGGCAUAUUGUAUUAAAGUCCCAACCCUUACUCGUUUAAAAUGUCUACACGAUGCUUUUGCACGUUACGCAUCUCCAAUUGCCAUGCACCAGCCGUUGAUUCUCAACUAUGAAGAAGAAACGAGUUUAAUAGAUAGCAUGAAAGAAGCUUUCGAUGAUGCAGCCACUAGCGAUCUCAUUAUUCGAGUACAUGGGAAACCGAUUCACGUACAUAAAGCAGUGUUAAAAAUACGGUGUCAUUAUUUUAGGACCAUGUUUCAAGAGCACUGGACGGAAAACAGUCAAAGCGUUAUCGAGCACGAAGAAUUUUCCUAUGACGUGUACAAAAGUUUUUUAAGAUAUUUGUACAUUAACAAAGUUGAGCUACCUCCAGAAAAUGCAUUAGAACUUUUAAACCUAGCUAAUGCCUAUUCCGAGAGUCAAUUAAAAAGAUGCUGUAUCGAGAUGAUAAAAAGAGGGAUUACAGUUGCAAAUGUAGCGUUUUUAUACAACGUAUCUCUCAAAUACAAUAGCAAGGAAUUAGAAGAUUACUGCUUUAAAUAUGCGUUAAAUCAUAUGACCGAGAUGGUACAAACAGCAAAUUUUUCCGAACUAGAAGGAAGCGUCAUACAAACUUUCAUAAUUAAAGCUGCCAAAGCGGGCGCUUUUAGAACAUAGGUUUUACUCAAAUAUCAAUAUUUACUACUUACAUACUUCUAAAGAUCUUAAUUUUAUUAAUUCCGUGUAAAACUAACAUCCAGAAAACAUUUUUUUAUGGUAUUCUAAAGCAGAUUAUAUUGUAACUUGCCUAUCGCGUCCUUCGAUCUGGCUAACAAUACAAAUCUUCACGUUA